AUGACGACUUCGCUGGUUCUGCAUCCACGCUGGGCGGACACCUUGAUGUACGUUUAUGAAAAAAGCCCGAAUGAAAACAACCAGAAUAAAAGCCAAACAAUGGAGGGACUGAGCGGUAAUUGCCCUGCGACCCACUGCCGGGACCUGAUGUCGCACCCCGCGCUAGGACGACAUUCUGGCACCAUAGCGACCCACCAGGGCUCCGUCUACUCGGAUAUUUCCUCUCCAGACACCGGCCGGCAGUGUCCCGCUCCUCAAACGUCGUCCAGUGCAUCUUUGAGCUACGGCUAUCCUUUUGGAAACCCAUAUUACGGCUGUAGAUUAUCUCAUUCGCACAACGUGAACUUGCAGCAGAAGCCUUGCUCGUACCACCCCGCAGAGAAAUAUGCCGAGCCCAGCACUGCGCUGCCCACGGAAGAACUGUCCACCAGGGCGAAAGAGUUUGCCUUCUACCCGAGCUUCGCCAGUUCAUAUCAGGGUGUCCCUGGAUACCUCGACAUGUCAGUGGUGCCCAGUAUCAGUGCCCAUCCCGAACCGAGGCACGACGCCUUGAUCCCCAUGGAAGGCUACCAGCACUGGGCUCUCUCCAAUGGUUGGGAUGGGCAGGUGUACUGCUCCAAAGAGCAAACGCAGUCAAGUCAUCUCUGGAAAUCACCAUUUCCAGAUGUUGUGCCAUUGCAGCCUGAGGUAAGCAGUUACCGACGUGGGCGUAAAAAACGUGUCCCUUACACAAAGCUCCAGCUGAAGGAGCUGGAGAACGAGUAUGCAGCGAGCAAGUUCAUCACCAAAGACAAGAGAAGACGCAUCUCGGCUGGAACCAACCUCUCAGAGCGUCAAGUCACCAUCUGGUUCCAAAACCGACGGGUCAAGGAGAAGAAGUUUGUCUGUAAAUCCAAGAGCAGUCAUAUGCACACCACUUGA